CUCGCCCCGCCCCGGCAGGGGAUUGGGUCGGGGUUACAGGUGCGCCCCUGGCUCCGCCUUUUGCAAGCUCAGGUGCAGCUGAAGGCCGGAAGUGGCGCGCCCUUGCCAGGUACCCCAGGGGGUCGCACGUACCCCAGACCACCUGCCCGCGAUGCGCUAGGUGCCCCCGGCGUGCCACCCGCCGCCCGACCAUCGUCCGGCCGGCCCAUGGCGCGCCCCGGUUGGAGGUUGCUGCUGGCACUCGGCCUCCCGCUGCUGCCCGCCCGCUGGGGCGGGGUCUGGGGGCAAAUCAUAACACAAAGACCGGAUAUUAGAAAUGACACCAGUAACCACACGACUCACCCUCCGGACCCCGAUUCUUCUGGGACCUUGUCCCAGGGUGCCAUCACGGCCAUCAUCGUGGUCUUCUCCCUGCUGGCCGUGCUGCUCGUGGCCGUGGGAGUGGCCCUGCUGGUGCGGAAACUUCGCGAGAAGCGGCAGACCGAGGGCACGUACCGGCCGAGCAGCGAGGAGCAGUUCUCGCACGCAGCCGAGGCCGGGGCUCCCCAGGACUCCAAGGAGAAGGUGCAGGGAUGCCUACCCAUCUAGGCACCUCUCUUUCCACCUCUCAUCCCUGCAGUGGGACAUUUAAAGGGGAGGCUCGCUGGGGCCAGUUGGCAGCAGCGGCCCCCGCCUCAGUCCACCCCCAGGUGCUUAAAAGACUUAAUAAGGGAAGAAGGUGCUUCACUGACUGGCCCUUGGGUGGACGCUGCUCUUUGAUGCGAAAUUCUGGGCAGGAGCUAUCAUAAAAAGAAGCUCUUUGGGGGGCGCUAGGAGGCGCCCAGAGCUAGGGCUCAUGGGUUGCUGAGCCACAAGCUGUCCCAUUUCGGGGACCUCCGGGGCACAGUGGGAUUCCUGGAUGAUGGGGGUCUGGUAUGGGGGUGGUAGCAGGCUUUUUUGAGCGGAGACCGAGCGCACUGGACGUUGGACAUUUCUCCAAAAACGUAAGAACUGUGUUUCCAUUGUACCCCAGAAGUAAAGAAAGUAAUGGGCAGGAGGGCCUCUGGACAGAGAGGCUUCCCCCCACCCACCCAUUCCACAGAUAAACUCACUGGAAAAUAC